UUGUCAGUGAAUGAUGGCGGAGCUGAGUGUCUCGUCAUCCUUCUCGAAAAUUCCGAGCCUAGUGAGCUCUCUCUCUCUCUCCUACUUGCCUUAUUUUCCUUUCCGCCACUGCGGGGACUUUUUUUAAUUUGCAGCUUCCCUUUCCCCGGCACACACAGACACGAGCUGGUGGCUUUCAGACUGCGUCUGUCUGGAGCGAGAGGGAGUGUUCUUGGAGGAGGGUUCUGCAGCAGUUCCAAAGGACUCGCUUCAGGGGGACAUUGCUGCAUAUGCACUGAGUCUUCAGCUUGUCUCUAAGAGAGGAAGCACUGAUUGGGAGUCACUCAAUCAGAAAAUUAAAAGAGAAAGAAGCCAGAACAUACCAUCAGUCCUUUGAGAACACAACAAACAUCACUACUUCACAACUUCCUUGAAUAGGAGACAGUACAAAGCUCUGAAGGAUGGCUGAUGAGCGGAAGGACGAUGGAAAGGCGCCACACUGGACGUCAACCUCACUGACAGAGGCAGCUGCACACCCUCACCCUCCAGAGAUGAAAGAUCAAGGCGGGGCUGGGGAAGGGCUGAGCCGCAGUGCCAAUGGAUUUCCAUACAGAGAGGAGGAGGAGGGCGCCUUUGGGGAGCACGGGUCACAGGGCACCUAUUCAGAUACCAAAGAGAACGGGAUCAACGGAGAGCUGACCUCGGCAGACAGAGAAACAGCAGAGGAAGUGUCUGCGAGGAUAGUUCAAGUAGUCACGGCUGAAGCUGUAGCAGUCCUGAAAGGUGAACAAGAGAAAGAAGCCCUACACAAAGACCAGUCCGCAGCUCUGCCUUUAGCAGUUGAAGCAACAGCUCAUCUGCCACCUUCCCCACCACCAUCGCCAGCCUCAGAACAAGCAGUUGCAGUGGAGGAAGAUUUACUUACAGCCUCGAAGAUGGAAUUCCCUGAGCCGCAGAAUUUGGCUUCCUCUUUCGCUGAGCCUUUAGACAAGGGAGAAAAGGAGUUGGAGAUGCAGAGCAAGCCUGGUGAAGAUUUUGAGCAUGCUGCCUUAGUUCCUCAGCCAGAGAUAACUAAAACUCCCCAAGACAAAAAGGAUGUUCAAGACAUGGAAGGGGAAAAGUCACCUCCUGUCCCAUUUGCGCACACUUUUGGUACCAACCUGGAAGACAUAAAACAGAACGUAGAACCAAGCAUAGCAGUACCUAGCAUCGGCCUGUCUGCAGAGCCUGUAGCUCCAAAAGAGCAGAAAGACUGGUUCAUUGAAAUGCCAAUGGAAUCCAAGAAAGAUGAAUGGGGUUUAGCUGCACCAAUAUCUCCCGGCCCUCUGACACUCAUGAGGGAAAAAGACAUGCUGGAGGAUAUUCCAAGAUGGGAAGGGAAGCAGUUUGAUUCUCCCAUGCCAAGUCCCUUUCAUGGUGGAAGUUUCACUCUUCCUCUAGAUAUUAUAAAGAAUGAAAAAAUCACAGAAGUGCCACAACCCUUGGCUCCUGUCUUCUUCCAACCAGAUGACAAAACGUCCCUGCAGGACACCAGUGGCCUAGCUACUGCCAAAGAUAGUUCGAGAGAUGAGGAGCUACAGAAAGAUAAAGCAGGGAAGGCAGAUGUUCCAGUCUCAGAAGCUGUCACCCUACCGAAAGAUGCUCAUGGUCCAGUCGGAGAAGGCUAUAUCAGGGAAAGUGUUUCAGGGGAAGAAAAGGGUACCACAAAUCAAGAGAUGAAAGAAGCUUCAGUCCCCAGUGGACAGGAACCUACACUCACCGAAGAUGAACCACGCACAAAGCUUGACGAAAAAGUAGUGGUUUCCAUUGACGAAGCUGUGGCAAAAGAACAUGAACCCCCCAAAUUGAGAGAUGAUGAAACAGGUGUAAUUCAGACCUCCACCGAGCAUUCUUCCUCCAAAGAACAGAAAGAUCGAGAACAUGUAACCGAUGAGUUGAAACAGGACUCCUUCCCUGUAAGUCUGGAACAAGCCCUUUCAGCUCAAGCCGCGACCUCUGAGACCUUGGGAGAAGUUACAUCUGAGGCAGAGUCAGUGAGUGAAACGAGAGAAACCCAGGAACUUUUUGAGGAGAACAUAGCUGUCAAAGAUAAGUUUGAAGGAGUUGGGUCUGCAACAAUAGCUGAGGUUGGGAUGCCGUUUUAUGAAGAUAAAUCGGGAAUGUCCAAAUACUUUGAAACAUCUGCAUUGAAGGAAGAAGGGGCAAAAAGCCAGCAGUUGGGCAGUGAUUACUAUGAACUGAGUGAUGCAAGAGGAAGUACCCAGGAAUCUUUUGACACUGUACCUCCCAAGGACCAACGUGAUGAAAAGGAAUUUCAGGCAAAAGAAUCCCAGCCCAGUAUUCCAGCACAGGAAGCAGGAUACAGCUCUCUCGCCCAGAGUUAUCCAUCUGAGCUACCUGAAGAACCAAGUUCUCCUCAGGAAAGGAUGUUCACUAUUGACCCAAAAGUUUAUGGGGAGAAAAGGGACCUCCACAGUAAGAACAAGGAUGAUUUGACCCUUAGUCGAAGUUUAGGGCUUGGUGGACGGUCUGCAAUAGAACAAAGAAGCAUGUCCAUCAACUUGCCUAUGUCUUGCCUCGAUUCCAUUGCCCUUGGGUUUAACUUUGGCCGGGGCCAUGAUCUUUCCCCUCUGGCUUCUGAUAUUUUAACUAACACGAGCGGAAGCAUGGAUGAAGGAGAUGAUUACCUUCCCCCUACCACACCUGCAGUGGAGAAGGUCCCUUGCUUCCCAGUAGAGAGCAAAGAGGAAGGCGAGAAGGCAGAGGAAGUAAAAGUGACUGGAGAACAAACUAUUCAGAUUGAGACGUCCUCUGAGUCACCUUUCCCAGCCAAAGAAUAUUACAAAAAUGGUACCGUCAUGGCCCCUGACCUGCCUGAGAUGCUAGAUCUGGCAGGAACCAGGUCCAGGUUAGCAUCUGUGAGUGCAGAUGCUGAGGUUGCCAGGAGAAAAUCAGUUCCAUCCGAGGCUGUGGUUGCAGAGAGUAGUACGGGUUUGCCACCUGUCGCUGAUGAAAACCAAGUCACUGGAAAACCUGACAGUCAACUUGAAGACAUGGGAUACUGUGUGUUCAAUAAAUACACAGUCCCUCUACCAUCACCAGUUCAAGACAGUGAGAAUUUGUCAGGAGAGAGUGGCUCAUUUUAUGAAGGAACUGAUGACAAAGUCCGUAGAGACUUGGCGACAGACCUUUCACUGAUUGAAGUAAAACUUGCAGCCGCAGGAAGAGUCAAAGAUGAGUUCACUGCUGAGAAAGAGGCAUCUCCACCCACUUCUGCUGACAAAUCAGGACUGAGUCGGGAGGUUGACCAUGACAGGAAAACUAAUGACAAACUGGAUACUGUCCUUGAAAAGAGUGAAGAGCAUGUUGAAUCAAAGGAACUUGCCAAGGAGACUGGAGAGGCUGGCGAAAAAGUGGAGAUCUUUGGGUUAGGUGUAACCUAUGAGGAAGCCUCUGCCAAAGGUGAAGACACGUCACCAGAGAAAGCAGCAAAAGGUCUCAGUUCAGUGCCAGAGGUGGCUGAGGUGGAACCAACCACAAAAGCCGAUCAAGGGCUAGAUUUUACUACAACGAAAGCUGAGCCAAGUCCAUUAGAUAUAAAAGUCAGUGACUUUGGACAGAUGGCUUCAGGGCUGAAUGUAGAUGCCACAGACCUCAAGUUCGAGGUUUCUCAGGAACUGACCCUUUCAUCCAAAGGACCUCAAGAAGACGAUUCAUUCCUGGGUAUUGAGUCUGGCCACAUGAAAGAAGGUCUCAAAGUCAGCGAAACAGAAGUCAAAGAGAAGGUAGCAAAGCCUGACCUGGUGCAUCAGGAGGCUGUAGACAAAGAAGAGUCGUAUGAGUCCAGUGGUGAGCAUGAGAGCCUCACGAUGGAGUCCCUCAAGCCGGAUGAGGGCAAGAAAGAAACCUCUCCAGAGUCAUCUCUGAUUCAAGAUGAAGUUGUCUGCAAACUGUCUGUGGAAAUCCCUUGCCCACCUCCUGUUUCGGAGGCUGACAUAUCCACAGAUGAGAAAGCCGAAGUUCAAAUGGAAUUUAUUCAGCUGCCAAAGGAAGAAAGCACAGAGGCUCCAGAUAUCCCCGCCAUACCUUCUGAUGCCACCCAGCCACAGCCUGAAGCAGUCGUGUCUGAACCAGCAGAGGUCCCAAGUGAGGAAGAGAUAGAAGCUAGGGGAGAAUAUGACAAACUGCUCUUCCGCUCAGACACCCUUCAGAUUACGGACCUGGUGGUCCCAGGAAGUAGAGAGGAAUUUGUGGAGACCUGCCCAGGUGAACACAAAGGUGGAAUUGAGUCUGUAGUGACCAUCGAGGAUGACUUCAUCACCGUAGUGCAGACCACAACCGAUGAAGGGGAGUCAGGGUCCCAUAGUGUGCGCUUUGCAGCUCUAGCUCAGCCUGAGGAGGAAAGGAGACCGUGCCCUCAUGACGAAGAGCUUGAAGUAGAGAUGGCAGCAGAAGCCCAGGCAGAACCCAAGGAUGGCUCUCCAGAUGCCCCAGCUACCCCUGAGAGAGAAGAGGUCGCAUACUCAGAAUAUAAAACAGAAACCUACGACGAUUACAAAGACGAGACCACCAUUGAUGACUCCAUCAUGGAUGCUGACAGCCUGUGGGUGGACACUCAAGAUGAUGAUAGAAGCAUCGUACAGGAACAGUUAGAAACUAUCCCUAAAGAGGAGAAAGCUGAGAAGGAAGCUCGGAGACCAUCUCUUGAAAAACAUAGAAAAGAGAAACCCUUUAAAACCGGGAGAGGCAGAAUUUCCACUCCUGAGAGAAAAGUAGCUAAAAAGGAACCUAGCACGGUCUCCAGGGACGAAGUGAGGAGGAAAAAAGCAGUUUAUAAGAAGGCUGAACUUGCUAAAAAAACAGAAGUUCAGGCCCACUCUCCUUCCAGGAAACUCAUUUUAAAACCUGCUAUCAAAUACACUAGACCAACUCAUCUCUCCUGUGUUAAGCGGAAAACCACAGGAGCAAGUGGUGAAUCUGCCCAGGCUCCCAGUGCACUUAAACAGACGAAGGACAAAGUCACUGAUGGUGUCACCAAGAGCCCCGAAAAGCGUUCUUCGCUCCCAAGACCUUCCUCCAUCCUCCCUCCUCGGAGGGGUGUAUCCGGAGACAGGGAGGAGAACUCGUUCUCUCUGAGCAGCUCCAUCUCUUCAGCUCGGCGGACCACCCGGUCAGAACCAAUUCGCAGAGCAGGAAAGAGUGGCACCUCAACCCCAACCACUCCUGGAUCCACUGCGAUCACUCCUGGCACUCCCCCAAGCUACUCUUCACGUACCCCAGGCACUCCUGGAACCCCCAGCUAUCCUAGGACCCCUCAUACACCGGGAACCCCAAAAUCUGCCAUCUUGGUGCCUAGUGAGAAGAAAGUCGCCAUCAUUCGCACCCCUCCAAAGUCCCCAGCUACUCCCAAGCAGCUUCGACUUAUUAACCAGCCACUGCCAGACCUGAAGAAUGUCAAAUCCAAAAUCGGAUCAACUGACAACAUCAAAUACCAGCCUAAAGGGGGUCAGGUUAGGAUUUUAAACAAGAAGAUCGAUUUUAGCAAAGUUCAGUCAAGAUGUGGUUCCAAGGAUAACAUCAAACAUUCUGCUGGGGGCGGAAAUGUACAAAUUGUUACUAAGAAGAUAGACUUAAGCCAUGUGACAUCCAAAUGUGGCUCUCUGAAGAACAUUCGUCACAGGCCAGGUGGUGGACGUGUGAAAAUUGAGAGUGUAAAACUGGAUUUCAAGGAAAAGGCCCAAGCUAAAGUGGGCUCCCUUGACAAUGCUCACCAUGUACCCGGAGGAGGCAAUGUGAAGAUUGACAGCCAAAAGUUGAACUUCAGAGAGCACGCAAAGGCCCGUGUAGACCACGGGGCUGAGAUCAUCACACAGUCCCCAAGCAGGUCGAGCGUGGCAUCGCCUCGGCGACUCAGCAACGUCUCCUCUUCGGGAAGUAUCAACCUGCUGGAGUCCCCUCAGCUUGCCACUUUGGCUGAGGAUGUCACUGCCGCGCUUGCUAAGCAGGGCUUGUGAAUAUGUCUCCUUUAGCACGGGAGUAUAUUUAGGCAUGAGCUCUUGGCAGGAGUGGGCUCUAAGCAGGUGUCAUAUUCAUUCUUUACAAACCAUAGAUAAAUAAUCUCACCCCCAAACUGUAGUAAUUGUUACAAUUUUAUAUGAAAAAAUGAAUAGUAUAUGCAGAACAAUGACCUGAAUUCCAUCCGCAACAGGAACACAUGGCUUUACAUGGAUACAAUCGGACAAUUAUUUUCGCUCUGCUCUGUUUUGCAUGGAGUACUAUUAUUUUUUAAAUUGCAUUUUUACCUUUCAUGUGCCUGAAGGCUCUCCAAUUCAUUCUGAAAGGCCUUGUUAAAAUUCCAAGCUGCUCAUUUCACUAUUCUGUUUAUGGUUGAAAAGAUUAAAAACUGCCCAUUGUCACCUAUUACAGGUUAAAUGAAAUCAAGGAGUCUGAAGAAGUCUGGUUGCAGGAAGGAAAGAGCAUGUGAGAAACACAUAUUUAAGGUGUGAUUUUGUAUAAAUGGGAAGAAAGAUGCAACUAAGUUAUUAACAUUUGGGACCUGGAUGAUUAUAUCAGAGUAUGCCAUCCUAAUAAAUUAUUUAACAGAAAACUAGAUGUAAAGCGUCUGCACUGUAGUUGAAGAAGUGGUAUCCAAGUGCGUUCCUUAGGAUGGCUGCACUUUCAUUAGGAUGGGCUUGUGUCUGAUUAGAGUGUCAGUUGAUUGGCUAGAUUUGUGUUCACACAAUCAGUUUCACACCCCUAUCCCAUCUGUUUGAUACAGUAUUAUAGAUAUAAAUAUAUAUAUAUAUUUCUCUGUGGCCAUUUGUGAUACUUCCUCAUAUACUUGAAUAUGAUACUUCUUUAUUCACAGUAUCUGUGUCUCCUACACCCUUUGGUGUUGCAAUUUUAGGUAUGUGAAAGUAGAUGUUAGCAGGGUUCUCUCCCUACUUAAAAAUACAUUUUAAAAAGACAAACCAUUUUAGCAUGAAGUUGCUUUCUGUAACGACUCAGCUGUAGCCCUGUUUCAGUGCCAGAAUCAAGUCUGUCCUGUGACGCUAGGAAAUUUCAUUUCUCUUUGCUUUCACCAACAUGGAGUGUGUGCAGUGGGUCCAGUCAUACAUAGAAAGGCUUACAGAGUGUUGGCUCAGCAAUUAUGGGUUUAUCACAUGUUUAAUCACUGAAUACUUUGGUAUUUAUUCCUAUAAUCAUUCAUCAAACAGAUUCCUCGUUAUUUGUUUCCUCCCCUUUCUUUUUCUUUUUUCCAUUUGCUAAAGUUGAACCUAUGAGUAAUAAUUUUGGGCAUAUUUCCCUGUUUUCCAACUAGUACUUGUUCAUUAAAUUCUCUGAUAGAAGGCAUUUGACUUCUUUAUCCCAAGAUCCCUUAAUCAAAAAGGAAAACUACAACAUAUUGAGAACCUACCUAUGUAAAACCUUUGAGACACAGAUAUUUAAAUCCAUUUUUCCAAGAAUCAACACUGCAGUCUGUACAAGAACAUGAUAUGACUAUAUUUAUCAGUAAACAUUAUUUUUUCAUUUUAUAUAAGUCUAGACAUCACAAUUUAACUCAUUUAGAAAUCAUAUUUAAUGAAUAAGUUGUAGUCAAUGGCCCAAAUUAGGACAAACCAUUAUCAAACUGGGUGGACUUUUUAAUAUUUUAUUUAUUCUUUUUCUUGCUUAAGAUUGGUAGACUGAAUCUGAAAAAUUAGCUACAAAAGGUUGGCUAGGAUUUUUAUGUCUAUUAAGCAAAUCAAGUCCUGCAUAUAAAGGAGAUACUGAACAAGAACAGAACAGAGAGGUGUAGGAGUAACUGAGAGAGAAGGCAAGAUGAUGCAAAAGCAAGAGACACUGGUGGCAUUUUAGUGACCCAUUGAGUAUUAUAGCGAAUGGGGCAGUCAUGUGGAAAACUCAACAUCCACCCAAAACAGUCUUCUCAGCUAGGAGGUUCACACACACACACACACACACACACACACACACACACACACACACACAAAGGAUGUCUUUAUUUGUAAACCACUUAUUUUUGACAUAACAUUAAUGUUUGUUCUCACUCUGGAAAUGGAAGAUGAGACAAUGGUGUGUGAAGAACGACAUUCUUACUUGUUUGGAUAGUGCUAGACAAGGAUUAAAGAUACCUAGAAAAGAAAGUUAACAGAUGGUUAGGGUUGUGAGGAAAAUAAUUUCAACCUCAUUUAUUAUAAAAAUUAAAGCUAAGAGAACUUGUUCUAAGUAUUAAAAUUCAGUUAUUAGAAUACAUGUUCAAAAUAAUAUUGUGUAAGCACCAAUGUGAACAGAUUUGGCGCCAAAAUAAUCAUUUACUUCUAAUGUUAAUGCAGUUAUAAUGAAUACAAGUCUUUGUUUUAUAUGAAAUUGUGAUCUUAUAUAAAGUUAACACAAGGGGACUGAACUUUUGAAUCUAGACAGAGACAGAGAGAUGCACAGGCUAAAUACAUUUUCUUAUGGGACUAUGGGAUGGAUCCCACUUUACCUUAUCUUAAGAUAAUGACUCAAAUUAAGCUUUUGGACACCACUUUUGUGGGGACACACACGCUGAUCUAGAAAGGAAAGCUUCACAGCUCCCUUUCUAGAUCUAUUCAUGCCAGUUUCUCUCUGGUUUUAGCCUUUGAGAACCUGUUUAAGAAUACGUAAGCAUCCAGAGUUCUGAAGAGUUCCAAGGCCAACUUUUGCAAUGAACUCGUACACUCUGGGUCUCCUGCAACUGAAAAUUGGAUGCCUUGCAACAAUGCAGGAAGGAUCCGAGUUGAUGAUGAGUUUCUAAGGCCGUGUUCACUUAGGAACAGACUCUUUCUGGAGCUGCCUGCUGAGUUCCAGCAGGAUGAUGGGCUGAAAUCCCACCCAUAGGAAAUACACCUGUGUCAGUUGGUCUGAAGGGAGCUGAAAGAAGAGGUCUAGCAAACUGAAAGACAGACUGUAGCUGGCCUUCUCCACACACACAGACACACAGACACACACACACACACACACACACACACACACGUGGUGUAGAAGAGAGGUCUGCAGACAUAGGGAGCACCUCAUCAGUAGUAGUUAAGAAAUAAUCUAAAUGUGAACAUUCUGACCUAGCUGCAUUUAUAGCUUUUCUCUUAUUUUUCAUGCCACAGGAAGGAAAAGAAAUGACUUGUGUUAGAAGUAGAAAAGAAAAGUAGAUUAAUCAGUUGGAGAUGCAAUUCCAGGCGUUUCUUCAAAGACUGAUGUGCUAACAUCAACACUGAUGUUUCUGUUUUUACAACUAGAAUUUCAGCCUGACCAUGUAGGUCGAGGCCACGUCCCCCUGUAGGAAAAAGAUUUUUUUCAAACUCUAAAAGAAUGCCAAUCAUGAAAGUCCACUUCAACUUUAGCAAAAAGGGAAAAAAAAAUAAAAAGUAUACUCUGUAUGAUAGGAUCCCAAGGUUCCAACACGUCACUACAAAUCUGUGGGGGUUCUUUCUUCUGAUAAUUCUAGAGCCUGUUACCAUAGAAAGGAAUUUCUUCAAUGGCUGGUUGUAGUUAGUUCAUGUUUUUCAAUCAAUUUGCAAAUGUAUUUGUUGCUGUAUAGUGAUUGUUUUGCAAAAUAAAAUUGCUUGUCACCUAAGUACAAAUUUCA